AUGCGUUAUCUAUUUGCCCUGUUUGCCCUCCUGACUGUCGCUAACGCGCAGUUUGGCAACCUAUUCGACCAAAUGUUCGGUCAGGGCGAAGAGUCGGGCCAGCAGCAGGGCCGUCGAGCUGCCAACAAUCCCAGCGACGCGGCGCAGUACCGUCAACGAUAUGAGCAGUCUUCUUGCGACAAGUACCUCUGCCCUGACACCCUCGCAUGUGUCCACUUCCCACAUCACUGUCCCUGCGCGUGGGAUUCUCACGAGGACAAGUAUGAGCUCUCCGAGGGACGUAAGCUGUGCGUGUCAAAGGGUGGGUUCAAGCCCGACGAGGCUGCGCGAAAGAUCGAGUUGGCUAGGAAGGGACUCCUAUAG